CUGCUCGGAAAGCCAGAUAAGUUCUCAGGUGAGCUCGAUGAUAUUGCGAAGUACAAGGACGGCGUCACGUGGGAGAACUGGAGUUUCGUUCUGGCGGCCUACUGCAUGGCGGUGGACCCUCACAUGGCGGAGUUGAUGCGGGACGCUGCGAAGGUCGACGCGGAGGCUUUCGCACACGAAGAUCUAGACGAAGAGGCCCAGCGAGUCAACACCAACCUGUACUACAUCCUUGUACUGACGUGUAAGGACAAGGCUGAGGGCAUCGUGAAGAGCGUUCCCUCAGGAGAAGGCCUGGAAGCCUGGCGACUGCUGUGUUUGGAGUUCGAGCCGAAGGUGCCGUCGAGUUUCUCAGGUAUGCUGGACUCGACACUGUAUCCGAAUGUGCAGGAGAACGAUCCGAUCAAGGGCAUCGCGUCUUGGGAGGCGUUGGUUCAGAGCUACGAAGAGCAGACAGGCGAGAAAGUCAGGGAGUCGAUUAAGAAGUCUGUUCUCAGUACGCGACUGGCGCCGUCAAAGCUUCGAGAACAUCUCAUGCUGAAUGCGACGAGGCUCACGACAUACGCGUUGGUACGAGCUGAGGUGUUGAACUACUUGAGGUCGAAGCAGGCGGCGAUGGCACUAAGUGGACCUGCGCCUAUGGAUCUGGAUGCGCUCACGUUCGGCAAGUUCGGCAAAGACUCGAAGGGCAGGUGCGGCAAGGACAAGAACAACGGCAAGGGCUACGACCAGAGCGCGACGCAGCCUUGCAGGCAUUGCGGCAAGAAAGGUCACAAGCUCAUGGAGUGCAGGAAGGCCACGCAGGACAUGAAGGACGGACAGAUCACGAAGGAGGACCUGCGAAAGACCAGCAAGGGCAAGGGCAAGGGUAAGGACAAGAGCGACAAGACGAAAAACACACCUGCGCCCGACAAGCCCAAGGAUCAAUACAUGAAGUACUUAGGUUACGAUUACGACGCCGAGGAGGGCUACACCUUCAUGCUGGAUGAGAACGGGACUGAGGAGCUAGAUCAUAUUUCUGGUUUAGACCACACGGAGACGAUCAUUGCGGUUCGCGACCUGACGAAGGGAGCUCAAGGUGCAUGGUUCGACGAAGGCGGUGGAGCAGUGGUCAAUCCGAAGGUCAGCCAGCGGUUCAAGGAGAUGAUCGAGUACGAGAACGCGAACAGCCAGAUGAACAGACCACUGAGGAUCUCGAAGAGGCGUGGGAUCUACAGCUUCGACGUGGACGCGAGCACGCUCUGCCCUCUAGAAGGUGAUGAACCUGAGCACGCUCAGCAGCUGGCGGAGCAGGAAGCGGAGAUCGAGACAGACGAGGCGCGACCGCCGAAGGUCAAGAAGGAGAGGUACACGCCCACAGCGGAGGAGAUAGCCAUCCACGAGAAGACGCACAUGCCGUAUCGGGCGCCGACGAUUCCAGUCAUUAGCAUGGACUACUGCUUCGUGAACACCGAGCUGGAGACGGAGAUUGUCAACAUCCUGGUGAUGGUGCAGAAGCCUGAGGACGCAAGUGCUUCCUUCAUGGUGAUCCACAAGGGGCCCAGCGAGUACGUAAACUCAGCGGUGGAGUUCUACUUGGACGUUUGGGGGGCACUCUACCAGGAGCCAUCGCUACAAGCGGUGAUCACGGCGGUGAAGAACAAGAGGAAGCACAGCACGCAGGUGGAGAUGGCUCCUAAAGGUUCUCAUCAGAGCAGCGGUGCGAUUGAGAACGCGGUGGGGAGAGUGGAGUCGUUACUACGUACACUACACAGCGAGCUGGAGGUGAAGUUGGAGGUGAAGAUCGGACCCAAGAGUUUGAUCAUGCCGUGGUUGGUUAGGCACGUGGGGUACUUGCCCACCAGGUUCGCUAUCAAGACGGAUGGCAGGACAGCUUGGGGACGACUGGGACGCGCGAAGUUCAAGUCAGAGCUCGGGACGAUCGGAGAGACGAUCGACUACAAGAUACAGGCUAAGGACUACUCCAAGCAGGAACCGAGGUGGGGCGAAGGUAUCUUCUUGGGCAGGCGCGACGAGAGCGACGAAAUCAUCGUAGGCACGUCGAGAGGGAUCGAGCACGCCAGGACGAUGAAGCUCAAGGCCACGGAGGACAAGUACAACAAGGAAGUCUACAACACGGUCAUAGGAGUGCCGUGGAAUCCCAGGGGCUUGGAGGUGAAAGAUCAGAAUGAGGUGGUCAGGAGACGGAAGUACAUCACGAAGGCGCUGAUCGAGGAGUAUGGGCAUCAGAUGGGCGUGCAGCAUGCGAAGGGAACUCAUCCAUACACAACGCGAGGUACACAGGUUGGUCAUCACUUCGGACGGGAGCUACAGAUCGAGCAGGACGCGGAGAUGACGGGCAACGCGAUCGUAGCUGGAGGAGACGUGGCACCUACUACGCCAGGACGGGAAGAGGCGAUGGAGAUAGGCAUCAUCAUGUCGAUCACGAAGGAUGGGGACCGCCACGUCUGCGAGGAGUUGGAGCCGAGGGUGAAUUACGACAAGCUGGUGGGUGACGGAGUCUACAGAGACGCGUGCACAGGCAAGGAGUUGUUGAAGGAGCUGGUCAUCAACGGCAGGACGAAGGAGAUGGAGUGCAUAGGGGAGUUUGAGGUCUUUGAGUGGGUACCGCUUGAGGACUGGAUGUAG